AUGGGCCCCUCGCAUGUGGGCAGUCCGAGGCCGGAAGGAGUCACGCGGUCUUCCUCGAGCUUCGCGCAAGCCGCAACAGCCUUUGGCUUCAAGAACGAGUCCGCCAGCGAACCAUCCACUUCCAGCGAACAAGUUCUCACUGAGGACAACCUCUUCCACUCCUACACCAACUCACCCAUUCCCGAGAUCCGCCAGCGCGCGGCCUUCAUCCGCCAACAUGCCUACUGCCCCUGCCCAGAGCACCGACCAACCCGACUCUCCGAAAGUGGCCAACCCCUGCGGCAGGACGCCGAAACCGCCCAACUGCCCCCAGCUCAUGUCAACUUCGAAUGCCCGGACUGCGGCGUGCCCGUAUACUGCAGCAAGGAGCACUGGAUGGCCGACUACGAGGCCCACCUGGAGAUAUGCGACACGCUGAGGCAGAUCAACGAAGACGACCAUGACCUGCGGUCCGGCAGAUUCUUCCCGGAGUUUCAGUACGCCGGGCCGCAGCUGGAGGAGGCCAUGGUGAACAUGACGAACUGGGACACGUUCCUGUACACCAGGAAUUUCGAGGCCAUCAACUCGGACAGGAGCAUGCGGCAGGCGACGAGGCUCCUCACCUACCCAGUGACAGUCGGCAGCAUUUUGCACGAGCUCAGCCCCUACGGCCUGCGGGAGAACGGCAAGCUCACCCCAGAGGGCCUCAAGAGUUUCAGCGCCUUGAGGUAUACCCUGCACCCGCCGAAGACAGGCGGCGGCACAGAGGUCAAGAACCUGCGCCUCGAGGCGCCCCCAGUCCGCCUCUUCAUCCUCGGCGCCCGCGCAGAGUCCUCGCUCCCGCGGGACGCCUGGGUCCAGCUGGCGCACCUUUUCCCGCGCUCAAGCUUCCACCUGAUCUUCAUCGGCCCAGAGUCCAUGGCCAACCGUGACGACGAGUUCCCGCUCCCAGAGAGGACGCCGAGCAACCCCUUCGGCGCAGUCGUCGAGCGGCCCUGGCAGAACAUGAAGAUUAGCACGAUCGUGGACUACUACCACACCAUCCAUAGGACAGGCAUGUUCUAUCCAUAUGACCCCUAUUUCGACUGUUUCGUGCUCUUCCACCCUGGCCUAGGCCACCCGGCCAGCUCACACGAGUGGGCCGAGACGCUGCCCAUGCUGCUGGAGACCAAGGCUCCCAUUAUCGUGACCGGCUACACGCAGUACGACAUGGAGAGGGACAUCGAGUGGGUUAACAAGACGGCCGCGGGCGAGUUCGAUCUGCUGCUGAAGCCCGGGGAGAACACCUUCAGGAGUCUGAGGUGGGACCUCAACGAUAUGGAUCCCCAGGACGUCACAUGCGGCAACUGGGGUGUGUGGGCCUUCCGUGGAAAGAGAUACGAGACAACAAGGAAAAGCGUGGAGUAG